CGCCACAAUGGCGGCGAGUUGCACACUGCAGGAUUAUGACAUUUGUUUAGUACCACUGCAAGGUGGACGGUGUUCCAGGAGUUAGGUUUUCAGUCAUUUUAAAGGAGAAGAAUUUUUUUGAGAAGAGGGUCGUCAUGGCACAUCGGUACUUCCUCCUCUCCUCAGGCUGUAGGACCCUCUUUAAAAGUCUAUUUUCUCCUCACAUCCGAAACGGAGCUUCUUCUUCUUCCCUGGCAUGCGGGCUACCUGACACCCAGCUUGUACUCUAUAAGGGAACAAUUCUGGCCAGUGUGCUCGGGACCUACAGAAGACUUUGCUCCAAACCUCCGAAAGGGUUUGAGAAAUUUUUCCCCAAUAACAGUCCUAAGAGCAGCGAGGCCAAGCCGACCAAAGCGGAAGCUAAAGAGGCCAAGCCUGCCAAUGCACAGAAAGCCUCUGGGAGAUCAUCUGGAGGAGGGAGUGACAGUAGUGGUGGGGGAUCAGCUGGUGGGGGAGGGAGAAGAGGUGGGAGAAAGGAGGACUCAAACUGGUGGACCCGGUUACAGAAGGGUGAGAUACCCUGGGACGAUAAGGAGUUCCGCAUGUACUUCCUGAGUGCAGCAGCCUUCUGGACCACGGUUGGCUACUAUUUCUUCUUCCGCAAUGCUGCCCAGGAGGUCACUUGGAAGGACUUUGUCAACAGUUACCUCUCCAAGGGAGUCGUUGACAGACUGGAAGUGAUCAACAAGCGCUAUGUCAAAGUCAUCUUUUCUCCUGGAAAGGCUCCAGUCAGCGGACAGUAUGUGUGGUUCAACAUUGGCAGCGUUGAUACGUUUGAGCGAAAUCUUGAGACAGCGCAGGUGGAGCUUGGCAUCGAGGGGGAGAACAGGCUGCCGGUGGUCUACACCUCUGAGAGUGAUGGUUCCUUCCUCCUGAGCAUGCUUCCCACAGUGCUGAUCAUCGCCUUCCUGCUCUUCACACUGCGACGUGGCCCUGCAGCUGGCGGACGUCCUGGCCGUGGUAUGGGUGGCCUUUUCAGUGUGGGUGAAACCACUGCCAAGGUGCUGCGUGAUGAGAUUGAUGUCAAGUUUAAAGAUGUGGCAGGCUGUGAGGAGGCCAAACUUGAGAUCAUGGAGUUUGUCAACUUCUUGAAGAACCCUAAGCAGUACCAGGACCUGGGUGCUAAGAUCCCCAAGGGAGCCAUCCUGACAGGACCCCCUGGUACAGGAAAGACCCUUUUGGCCAAAGCCACUGCUGGGGAGGCCAACGUCCCCUUCAUCACAGUCAACGGCUCAGAGUUCCUGGAGAUGUUUGUUGGCGUGGGGCCAGCGAGGGUUCGAGACUUGUUUGUACUGGCCCGUAAAAAUGCCCCCUGUAUCCUUUUCAUUGAUGAAAUUGACGCAGUGGGACGCAAGAGAGGUCGGGGCAAUUUUGGUGGACAAAGUGAGCAGGAGAACACCCUCAACCAGUUACUGGUGGAAAUGGACGGGUUCAACACAGCCACAAAUGUGGUGGUGCUCGCAGGCACCAAUAGACCUGACAUCUUGGAUCCAGCGCUCAUGAGACCUGGCCGCUUUGACAGGCAGAUAUAUAUUGGCCCCCCUGACAUUAAGGGCCGGGCGUCCAUCUUCAAAGUGCACCUGAGGCCUCUGAAGCUGGAUUCAAGCUUGGACAAGGGGACUCUGGCCAGGAAGAUGGCAGCACUUACGCCAGGUUUCUCAGGGGCUGACAUUGCCAAUGUGUGCAAUGAAGCAGCACUAAUAGCUGCUCGACACCUCUCAGACACCAUCACCCAGAAGCACUUUGAGCAGGCCAUUGAACGCGUCAUAGGAGGCCUUGAGAAGAAGACCCAGGUGCUCCAGCCUGAGGAGAAGAAGACUGUGGCAUAUCAUGAGGCCGGCCAUGCCGUUGCAGGGUGGUACUUGGAACAUGCAGACCCCCUACUGAAGGUGUCCAUCAUCCCUCGGGGGAAGGGUCUGGGCUAUGCCCAGUAUCUGCCCAAAGAGCAGUAUCUCUACACAAAGGAACAGCUGCUGGAUCGCAUGUGCAUGACCCUUGGGGGGCGUGUAUCUGAGGAGAUUUUCUUCAGCAGGAUCACCACAGGGGCUCAGGAUGACUUGAGAAAAGUCACUCAAAGCGCCUAUGCUCAGAUUGUACAAUUUGGAAUGAAUGACAAGGUGGGCCAGGUAUCCUUCGACCUCCCACGGCAAGGCGAGAUGGUGCUGGAGAAACCCUACAGCGAGGCCACAGCUCGCCUCAUCGACUCAGAAGUGCGGCAGCUCAUCAACACAGCAUACCAACGCACCCAUGCCCUGCUGUCAGAGAAGAAAGCUGAAGUGGAGAAGGUGGCGCUUCGCCUACUGGAGAAAGAGGUGCUGGACAAGAACGACAUGGUGGAGUUGCUGGGCCAGCGGCCUUUCGCCGAAAAGUCGACAUAUGAGGAGUUUGUGGAGGGUACGGGGAGUAUGGAUGAGGACACCUCUCUACCCGAGGGUCUGAAGGACUGGAACAAGGAGCGUGACAAGGACAAGGAGGAGAGCACUGAUGAGCAGAUUGCGCGGCAGAUCACAGGCGGAAUGCCUUUCUGAGCACUCCUCACAACCAAGAUAGGAGAAGGGAAGGAGAAGUGGAGGGGAGGGUUGGUGGUACUGUGAAGCUUUGGUCCGUGAACUCAUUGGUGGUCAGCCAAUAGCAGCAGUGCAAAUUUUCCUUAGCAGACCCCAUAACAGAAGACCUAACUUAAUGUCAUCACUUGUUGUUGCCCAUCACCUGUGUGUGUGUGGUGGGGGGUCUUGGUUGUUAAUAGACGCACCUUCCUUGGAAGGUGUUUUCUCAAGGAGUAGAAGAAUUAAAGAGAAACUUAUUGAUUGUGAGAAAUAAAAGUUAAUUUACAACUUGAAGGAUGUGAAGAUAAUGGUUUUACGCAGCUACUUCGAGACACGGAAUGUACAUAAAGAUGCAUUUGGUGGUUGGAACGAGAGAAACUAUCUUUGCAGCUUGCUUGUUAAUUCUGCUUCUGUGAAGUGGAUGGGAAGCAAAAUUCUGAAAGUAAAUGCUUCGCUUUCAUUAAAUCAAAAUUAUCAGUUGUUGGUUGUUCAUGUUUGGCUAUAUGUGGUAUUGCUCUGAAUUAAGAAAGUAGUCAAAGGGAUUUUGAAUCUCACCAAAGACAAUUGUCAUGUGAAUAUGAUUUAAAUCAAGGCUUCUUUAAUUGGCAAUAGUGUUGUGUGUUGACAAGAUUCAGGUGCAGAGCAAUCAUCAACAUUACUGUUACUCAAGUUGAAUUUUUGUUUUAACCAUGAAUGGAAUAAUCAAUGUUGAGAACAUUUGCAAAUUAGUGGAUGAUGUGGCAAUUUCCAUUCAGCACUCAUGAAACUGCUUCAGAUGCCAAAUCAACACUUUUCGCUUUUGAAAUGUUUUUCAACACUAACGUUAACAUACCUGAGAGAGACAAUAAAACGUGUUUCCAACUCAGACCGA